UUAAAUAUAUUAUCAAGUAACGAGUUUAUAAAUAGCAAUUUAAAAGUUUGUUUGUUUAAAUCUACGUGUAUAUUUAUCAACAUCGUUAGGGAAGGUAAUGUUCGCUUUCAUUAUAACGCUGAUAUUUUUUCAUUUUUCAACCAUUUUACCACAACACAUAGUAGAAGUAAGAUAUUGGCCAUUGCCACCGUAUAUUUUUGAUGAAAACAACAAAACAACUGGAAUGCUUGUCAAGUUUAUUGAAAAAAUGAGCACAUAUUGUGAAAACGCAUACAACUUUAAAAUGGUGCCUCAGUUUAAAAAAGUUGCUGAAACUCGAAAAGAUUUUUUAAAACAAACAAACAAUAUUUCUGAUAGCUCAUCUGAUGAGUUAUUUAUUUGGGGACCCUAUAUUUCUAAUCAAACAACAGGAGAGCUAAAUAAACAAUACAAAGGCCAGAAAUACACAGCGGUUGAAUUCUUCAAAGGGACCAACAUAAUUGUCGUAGUUAAUAAAAAGCAAAUCUAUAUUUUAAAUAAAAUUUUGGAUGCUUUUAACGAAAACUAUACGGUUGUCACAAUUUUACUUGUAAUAUCUGCUUAUACUGGAAUUUUGAUAUGGUUAAUUGAGCAUCGUGAAAACUCAGAAUUCAAUUCAUCUUUUUAUAGAGGAGCUGGAACUGGACUUUGGUGGAGUUUUGUAACUCUUAUGACUGUUGGCUAUGGAGACGUUAUACCAAAAAAGUUAUUUGGUCGAGUUUUAGCAGUAAUUUACAUUAUUUUUGGAGUUCUUAAUUGUAAUCUAAUGACGGCUUUAAUUACUGAUUCUAUAUUUGGAGAAUCUGGAAUCAGCAUUCUCAACAAAAAUGUUUCAGUGUUUAAAGAUUCAGCAGAAAAAAGAUUAGCGUUACUUGAUUUUAAUGCAACGGUUACGGAAGCCGAGUCUUAUGAAGAAGUAGUUCAAAACGUGCGUAAAGGCAACGUUUUUGCUGCACUCAUGAAAGAAAAUGUGGCAGCAUGGAUGAAACCAUCAAUUUUAAUGAAAUCAAAAACUAAUAAUGUUGAAUUAGCCGUUGUUUCAAGGUUUAAAAGAGAAUUUUCAAUAAAUUUUAUCGUGACGCAAAGUGAUAUUCUAAAAGAAUAUACAUCGUGUUACAAAGCUUUUGAAAAAGAACAAUAUACUGUUCCAGAAAAUAUGUUUAAGAAACUUCUCCAAAUAGAAACGGUAUACUUUCCAUCUUGGGAUGAAAGUUUCUAUAAUGUUAAUUUUCAAAUGUUACUAGGAGUUGUGUGUUGCAUUGUUAUUGCCUCAAUUCUAUUUGAAUUAAGAACACGAAAAAUAAAGAAAAAGAAAAUUUAUAUUACAGCUUAAUAAACUGAUUUAUAUAAUUAUAAACUGAUAUAUAUAAAGCUGAAUAAAUAGAUUUGAAAUUUAAAUUAUCUAAAAAAAUAAACUUUAUAAAUUAUGUGAGCGUUGGCAUUUCGAAAUUGAACUUUGCUGAAAGUUUAAAAAGUAUGAAAAACACAAACUAUGCCACAUAGUAACUUUU